AUCGACCGCUCCUAAAUGGUGGGGAUAUUAACGUGCCCCGCUGAAGUGAAUGCGUCAUCGAUUCCUGCCGCAAGGAGUAAACGCUAUAGCCAUUUUGAUUGGUUGCUGACUGUGGCUCUCGUUGAACUGGAAUACCGCGAGAAGCUUUCUAGUCACCGCUCACUAAACAACAUGGCUGCGCCCAUGAGGUUACCUUUGCUGCCUUUAAGUAAAAAUUGGCUGAAACUGAGUGGACUCCAGCGUGCGAUACACAGUGAAGCAGUAACUCAAGAAGCGGCAUACCCUCCUGUGAUCCCAUCCUACACUGCCAAAAGUAAAUCGGCAAAGAAGCUCAGGGAGACGGUCUACCACGAUCGCGUGCGCAAUGCAACGUCCGUUUCCGAAAAGCUGGAAUUGUUAACUAAAGUUCAACGAAAAAAAUACGUUGUGUAUCCUCAGACGUCUGCUCUGAACGCUGACCGCUGGUACCAGCACUUCACCAAGACGGUGUUCUUGAAAGGACUUCCUGAAAAGUUCAGCUCACCCUGUGAUCAGAGUGUAUUAAGCAAGAUCAAAUCAAUUGUUGUUAAUGGGAUUUUGCAAGAAAGGUUUUAUGUAAAGAAAAAAUCGCCUUUCCUGCAAAGAGAGCAGGAGCAUUUUGUGCGCCCGUUUAUGACCAACUUAGUUUUGGGUGCGACCAGCGCGUUAGGUGCAGAAAACCCACAGCUGUCAUUGUCAAGAGUGGAUUUUGAUCCACAAGUUAACUUCUAUUGGAUGCGUGGUGAGACAACUGUUCCACGUGGGCACCGCAGAGGUCGCAUUGAUCCAAUUAGAUUUCAAAUAGAUGAUCAACCUCACAGUCAGAUAAGGAUUCCACAGCAGCUGGAGGAGUUUUGUCCUCUAGAGAGUCAUGCUUCUGAUAAUGUUCCAGUCAUCACUCUUGGACCUGACAGGCUUCCUCUUUUUACGAGACAAUAUGAUAACAGAAUUUUCACAGGCUCAAAGGUGAUGGAUCCUUGCUGUUAUGGUCAUACACAGUUUCACAUAACUGGUGGCAGGUUUAAAAGAUCUGAGUUUAAACAGGCUAAUGCUGAAGACCAGAUAGAAGUCCACUUGAGAGCAAAUGCUAUUUCAAGUCUUUUUGCCUGGACAGGGGCACAGGCAAUGUUCCAGGGGUUCUGGAGCAAGGAAGAUGUGACACGACCAUUUGUAUCUCAAGCGGUCAUAACAGAUGGACAACAUUUUUCUUUUUUUUGUUACCAGUUAAACACUCUUGCAUUAACUGUUGAAACAGACAAGAAUAAUCCUAGAAAAAACAUUUGUUGGGGGACAGAAAGCAUGUGCUUAUAUGAAGAGCUGAGAGAUGGAGAACUUGUUGGGGUAAAUGAAAAUGUUCUAACAUUGCUAAUUAAUUUCCUUUUGAACAGAUCAAAUACACAGUAGUGUUAUACACUGUCCAUCUCCUGUUAUUCAAGGUUUUGUAAAAUUAAGGGACCCUAAAGUAGUAAGUUAUGAAAAGAUGAGCAUUAUUGUGAAUGUUUAAGAUUUUGUAUUUGAAACAUAUCUGUAAUUACUUAGUGGCCAUUUCUCAAAAUAGGAUCUGUAAAAACAUAUUGCUCCUUGUAUGAAUUCAAAUUUAUUUAAAUAAAUAGCUUUUUUUAUUUGUGCUUGA